GUGAACAGAAUGGCUGGUUUUGAUCAAAGGGUAUCUGAGACUGAAGUGGCUUUUAUAUACCAUUCAACAACAUAGGUAUGCAGAGGAGCAUCUCUGAACGCACAACACGUCGAACCUUGAAGCAGAUGGCCAGCAGCAAGAAGACCACACUUGGUGACACUCCUGUCAGCUAAGAACAGGAAACAAUCGAGGCCCAUUCGCACAGGCUCACCAAAACGGGUCAAUAGAAGAUUGGGAAAAUGUUGCCUGGUCUGAUGAGUCUCAAUUUCUGCUAAAUUCGGACAUAGAAGCAUCGAUCCAUCCUGUAUCAACGGUUCUUGCUGAUGGUGGCGGGGGUGAAAUGGUGUGGGGAAGACCAGUGUUCCUAUCUUCUGAUUGCUGCUAGCAGGAUAAUGCGGCAUGUCACGAAGCUCGUGUCUCAAACUGGUUUCCUGAACAUGACAAUGAGUUCACUGUACUCAAAUGGCCUCCACAUGCAUUUUGAGUCACCAGAGGAUGCUAACAGAGCAAAUGAGUUAAAGUGAAGACAACUUCCUUAAGAUGGACCUAGCCUAUGAAACUCAACAGAAGUUGGGGCCCCUAUGGAGGGUGGUUCAUUUAGGAAACCAUGUUUAUGUUGAAGAUCUCUGCCUUUCUUGUUGCUUAUGCCCUGGUUAUUUGCCAGAUGUACAGCUCCCAAGCAGCUCCUGCCAGACCUGGUUUAGAGUCUCUGACAGAACGGGUCACGCUGACAGACUAUGAAGCGCGGCGGUUACUAAACGCCAUUGUCAAUGAGUUUGUGCAGAUGACAGCAGAGGAGCUGGAACAGCAAGUGAAUGAAGGAAAUAGCUGGGACAGACCCCUGUCCAAGCGCUGCUCCAAUCUCAGCACCUGCGCACUGGGCAAACUGUCCCAGGAGCUGCACAAAAUACAAUCGUACCCUCGCACGGACGUGGGCGCCGGCACCCCCGGCAAGAAACGCAGCCUACCCGACAGCAACCAUUACGCCAGCAACCUGGAGCUGGAUGCCAUCUAACCCCUCUCCCCCCACCCCCCUGCCUAUCCCCCUGUGUGUUCGUUCCUUACUCAGUGGUCUUGGUGCAUGUGGAUACUGCCUGCUUGGUUGACUUCAGAGAAAUCCCCCUCUUUCAAUUCAGAGUCAUCCUCUACAGAUCCCUUUGAUUCUCUUUUUUUUGUUUGGACAGCAAAAAAUGUGCAAAAUUAUUUAGAAUGUUUCUUUAUCUUUAUCUCAGAGAAUCAUAUUUUUUUUCUAGAUGUAAUUAAUUUUCAAGUGAAUAUUAAAUUCCCUCCUUGGAUGCCGUGGUUAAAGACAUCAUCAAUUAAAUGCAGCAGUCAUAGUCUAAUUAAACAAAAACGAUGGUUCUUUCAUGUGUUGCCGUUUUUUAUUUGUUUAAUAAACUUAUUUUUAUAUCAGGAAGCUUUUUUGUUUUUUAUUCAUAUGUUUAACAAAAACCUAAAGUAGCUCAUUUACUGUAAAUUAAACAAAAAGGUAAUUCCUAAAUACAAACACACAAUGAACAUAAACAUCACCAGAGGUAAGAUGCUUAACAAAAUGAAAUUACAAGUUAUUUCAUUGCACACUGCAUUAAUCAAUCAUACAUAUUUGUAAAUGAAUAUAUGUUUUAAUGCUGUUCACACUUUAUACUGUAAAUUCACAAGUGCAGUAUGGCUAUAUUUGUUUUGUAUGUGUAUGUGUGAGCUGGGGGAGUGAGAGAAACACCUAAUGCAUGAGACGGUGUCAGCGUGUGUGUGAGUGUGCAUGUAUGUGAUCAGGUUGAGUGACGUGUGAAUGGCACCUGUUUAACAUGUCCCUGUGUCUCCUAAAGCAGCGUUACAGCACAGAAGCGAGCGUGCAACACUGCCACCUGCGUGACUCACCGCCUGGCGGACUUCCUGAGCAGGUCGGGGGGCAUCACCAGC